CCGCCGCUUUACAGCUCCCCCACCCCCAGAGAAUCCACCGCACCCACCCAGUGCGGCGGCCGCCGGCAAUGGCGGCGGUGGCGGCGCAUGGCGGCGACUACCUGCGGCGCUUCGUCGCGGAGACGGAGUGGUACAACGAGGUCGUCCUCAGCGCGGUGGCGCCCGGCAACUCGUGGCGCGGCCUGCCGCACCCGGUGCAGUCGUGGAUACGCAACUGCGUCGGCGGCUACCUCCUCUACUUCAUCUCCGGCUUCCUCUGGUGCUUCGUCAUCUACUACUGGAAGCGCCACGCCUACAUCCCCAAAGAUGCCGUCCCUACAAAUGAAGCUAUGAGGAAGCAAAUAAUUGUUGCAUCGAAGGCUAUGCCUUUCUAUUGUGCUCUUCCAACUUUAUCCGAGUACAUGAUUGAGAGCGGAUGGACACGGUGUUUCUUUAAUAUCAGCGAAGUUGGUGUGCCCAUGUACUUCGUUAAUUUGGCUUUAUAUCUCAUCUUUGUGGAGUUUGGAAUUUACUGGAUGCACAGAGAGUUGCAUGACAUAAAGCCAUUAUACAAAUAUCUACAUGCAACCCACCAUAUUUACAACAAGGAAAAUACACUGUCUCCUUUUGCUGGGCUGGCGUUUCAUCCAGUGGAUGGGAUUUUGCAAGCAAUACCACAUGUGUUUGCCCUCUUCAUUUUCCCAACGCACUUCAGGACCCACAUCGCUCUCUUAUUCUUGGAGGCCGUGUGGACGACAAACAUCCACGACUGCAUUCACGGCAAGGUAUGGCCGGUCAUGGGUGCAGGCUACCAUACCAUUCACCACACAACUUACCGCCACAACUAUGGCCACUACACCAUCUGGAUGGACUGGAUGUUUGGCACGCUCCGCGAGCCGGUAGAUAUCCUCAAGAACGAGUGAGGUGUGUGUUCUCCCAUGCGCUGUGUGGGGUUUCUAAUCUGCUCGGCCUGCUCGGACACUGUCUGUCGCCCGAAGCAUCAUCGGUGUGUUUACUUCAGUAUGCUAGGUGCACGUCAUGUUGUGUUCCCCCCGUAAUUUAGCUCUGUUUCUCGUGAUGCAAUGGAGCCCAGGACGAAUAAAAAGUUUGGUAGACGCAUUCUGGGUUCCAGUCGCCUGUACAAUUCGGCACCUCCAUGUCAAUAUAGAAUGUACAAUGCUUUCCUUGUACCUGCUCAGUGUGUCGCAGUUCGGACAUGCAUUGCUCUGUUUCUGAGUGUUGCUUGGGUUUGUGGUAUAGCGAAACGAAGGCCGGAUUUUAAGCCCA